AUGGAGAAAGAAGUCGACGAAAAGAUUCGUCCAACCAUUCAGGACUCACUGAUAAAACCUCAAGCUCGCGAACCGUAUGACUUGGGUGUCUCGUUCGAGGAGUACAAUUAUUAUGCGCAGAAGACAAGAGCCGAACAGGAACUUCUUGAUCCCCCCGUUCUUAAUGUGAGACAGUGGUUUGGGGGUGGUGGGGGUGACUCGUCGAGUCAGGAUGUCACUACCACACUUACUGAAGAGGAUUUUACGAAUCGCGCCAGAAGAUUGGAGAUUACGGAUGAGGAGUGGACGAAUGCUAGUAGGGCUUUUCGGUCGGCUUCUUGGGGUGCUUGUUUCUAUUUGAUCACUACGGAUAUUUUGGGUCCUUAUGGAUCUGGCUUUGCGAUGGGAACACUUGGAUGGGGACCUGGAAUCGCUUUCUAUACCGUCUUCGGAGCGAUGGUCGGAUACUCAGGAUACCUCAUCUGGCGCGUCUACCUCGGCGUCGACAGCUACGAAUUCCCUGUGAAGAACUACGGCGAUCUCGGUUUCAGAACUCUCGGUCAGACCGGUCGGCAUGUUACCAAUAUCCUACAGGGUAUUGGAUUGCUUCUCAUCACCGGCCAGGUUACAAUCCAAUUCGGCGAGAACAUCUCCCAGGUGUCCAAGUUCAAGCUAUGCUACGCCGUAUGUCCGGUUCUGUUCGCUGUCGCCGGGUUCUUCGUUACGCAGAUUCGAACGCUCAAGGCGUACGGGUGGAUCGCUAAUGCGUCCGUUUGGUUGAAUAUUUUUGUCAUUUUCAUGACCAUGGGUGUUAUGGCGAAUUCGCCGCCGAAUUAUCAGAUCUCUACUCUGGGAUCUGCCGGUAGCGAUACUGACCCGACCACCAUUACCCCCGUGGAUGGUGUCUACCCACCUAUCAUUCACUAUAACAACAUCCCGCCUGGAAUUGGCCUUGUCGGGUCUGUGAACGGCAUGCUUUCUGGCGUAUUGGCGUACGCUGGUGCGCAGUUGUUUGUCGAGUUCAUGGCGGAGAUGAGACGGCCACAGGACUUUAUCAAGGCGAUGUGGGGAGCGCAGUUCUUUAUUUACGUUGUCUAUGUCACAUAUGGAUGUGUGGUCUAUUAUCUGCAGGGACAGUAUAGCUUCAAUCCCAGCUAUCAGGGUGUGAGUAUCUAUGCGUGGCAGACACUGGGGAACAUGGUCACCUUGAUCGCCGCGUUGAUUGCGGGUGGACUUUACGGAAAUAUCGGCAUCAAGGUCGUUUACAAUAACAUCUUGGUUGAUAUUUUCAGAGUCCCGCCUAUGGAAAGCCGACGAGGAAAGAUUAUUUACGCUCUUUUGGUUCCUUUGUGGUGGAUUAUCGCUUUUAUCAUCGGUGCUGCCAUUCCUGAUUACUUUGGCUUUGUCAGUGUGAUGUCGGCUUCCAUGCUUCUGAAUCUGAGCUACACCUUGCCUCCGCUGUUUGCACUUGGUUUUGAUAUCAAGAAGAAUGCUGCCCGUGUGGAGGAGGGAGAUGGAUUUAAUCCAAUCACUGGACAGGUUUCAAGAAGUGGAACGCCUACUCAGCGGUGGAUUCGCGGAUUCUGUGCUGGUGGCUGGUUCCAGGUCUCUAUCAACAUCUGGCAUGUCAUCUUCUUCUUGGCCUCGCUAGCCAUGUGUGGCUUGGGAAUGUGGGCGGCUGUUAUUGGAAUGAUCGACGCCUUUAAGAAUCCGCAGUUGAACUCGUUCUCUUGUGUUUCACCGCUCAACCUCAAUGCAUGA